AUGGCCGCAGAAGAGUCCAAAAUUUCUUGGGCUUACCUUGUCGUCGCCUAUACCACCGAUAUAGAACGCAUGACAGGGCAAUGGGCGCCUUUUAGUCAACCAGGAGAUUCUGGCUCUUGUGUCUUCGACCAUACUGGGCGAGUGGUAGGAAUUAUUAAUGGUGGACAAGAAUCUGUUGAAGUUGAAAGAUUUGGCAAACACUAUCAACGUGUCGGCUCUACUCUUCCGCCUGAAGACUCUACAACCUCUUCAACGCCCAAAGGUUAUACAGAUUUCGAGAAACUUUAUGGCAGAGAGAGGAAGGGGGCGGUAGACAUCACUUUUGUUACUCCAAUAGACUGGAUAUUGGAUGACAUUAAGGAAUUCACUGGCUACACGGCAAAGAUAAUCUAA